AUGGUGGACAGCAUGGUCCUCCAGUCUGUCGGUCGUGCCGGAAGUCGUGCCCCUCCGGGACUGGCUAUUCACAGCAACAGCCGUGGUGGCGGCAUACAGCAAGACGUUUUUACCAAGGUGCCCAGCUCCUCAAAGACCAUCGCCUUCCGCGUGGAGAGUGAAGAAACCCUCAUCCAAGCCUACCGUCAGGUCAAAUCAAUGAACCCCUCUGCCUCUGUUGGCGGGAUCAUGUUCAGUGUGGCGCCGAAAGCUGACUCUCCCUUCACUGAGAUUGACAAUAUCCGCUGGGGAUCCCUCACUGGGCGUCGUAGCUUCAGUUCCCGCUUCACAACUGCCGCAGCACGAUCUUUUCGAAAUGGAAGAUCCUGGACCUUCGAUGUUUGA